UAUUGUUGAUACAGCCGCAUUCUUUCAGCCCCCCCUUCCCACUAAUUUAGGGAUUUUUUUGGGGGGUGGAAUUGAGGGAGUCGUUCCCUCCCUACAUCCCCAGGAAAACUUGUGUUAGCUCUCUCAACUUCCCACCUCCGCCCUCACAGAUGCAGACUGUUGAGUGUUUCACAUCAGCCGGGUUCAUUCCAGCUCAACUUCUGUGUCUCAUGCAGACUUAAAUCAGAGCUCGUGGUGGACUUCCAGCUACACAAGGUUUGGUCCCAGUUGGACUUCUUGGCUCUGCUUUGGAUUAAACGGUUGUCAACAUCCACUGUGGACUGUACUGGAGGUAAACUCUGCAACUCCCACAGCUGGCUGAAACUUAUCUGUACAGUGGGGAACUGAGGCAACACAGAGCUGAUGUGUUCUGAAAAUGUCUUUUUUGCCAUGUUAAUAUCUCAACCAUUAACUGAGGAGGGAAGAGAACGGCUGUGCUGGACAAACACAGACUGAGAGGUCAUCUCUGAACUCCUGAUUCGGACAUGGGGAAAGUCUACUAUGUCAGUAAAAACGUGGGCCUCGGAUUGCUUGUGCUGGCGGCCUGCGCUCUGGCUACGAUUAUAGCUCUGUCCAUCGCCUAUGACAAGGAAAGGGCCAAGAAUCGAGGCAAGCCUGGAGAUGGAGCAACAGAGAGCACCAGCUUGCCAACACCCUUCACCACUCCCUUUACUCCUAAGGAGCCCUGGGACCACUACAGACUUCCAGACUCUCUUGUUCCUGUCUCCUAUAAUGUCACCCUGUGGCCCCGGCUGAAGCCCAAUGCAGAUGGCCUCUACAUCUUCUCUGGACAGUCAACUGUGAUCUUCAGAUGUGUGAAGGAAACAGACCUCAUCAUCAUCCACUCCAACAAGCUGAACUUCACCACCUUCCAGGGGCACCAUGCUAAGCUGAGUGGCCUGGGUGAAGCCACUGCGCCCACAAUACAAAGGUCUUGGCUUGUUGUGCGGACAGAGUAUCUGGUUCUUCAGCUACGCAGCAGACUGACUGUUGGAACAUCAUAUGUACUUAACACUAAAUUUCGGGGGGAGCUGGCAGAUGAUCUGGAGGGCUUCUACAGGAGUGAAUACACUGAGGAUGGUGUAAAGAAAGUCGUCGCUACCUCACAGAUGCAAGCAACAUAUGCCAGGAAAUCCUUUCCUUGCUUUGACGAGCCAGCAAUGAAAGCCGUCUUCAACGUCACCAUCAUCCACGACCGAGACACUGUGGCUCUGUCCAACGGCAGGGAAACGGGCAUUGAGGAUUCUGUCAUUGACAGCGUGCCUGUCAGAGUGACUACAUUUGAGCCCACAGAGAGAAUGUCCACAUAUCUGCUGGCGUUUAUUGUCAGUGACUUUGUUGACAUUCAAUCAACCCUUAACAGCAAUUUGUUGAUUCGAAUCUGGGCUCGAAGAAAAGCCAUAGACAACAAGCAGGGCGACUAUGCUCUCAACAUUACAGGGCCAAUCCUUCAGUUCUAUGAGCAUUACUACAAUGCCACAUAUCCACUUUCCAAGUCAGAUCAGAUAGCUCUGCCUGACUUCCAUGCCGGAGCAAUGGAGAACUGGGGUCUGGUCACAUACAGAGAGACUGCCCUGCUCUAUGACCCCAUCAUGUCUUCCACUGGAAACAAAGAGAGAAUUACAACUGUCAUCUCCCAUGAAUUGGCACACAUGUGGUUUGGCAACCUGGUGACUCUGAAAUGGUGGAAUGACCUGUGGUUGAACGAGGGCUUUGCGUCAUAUGUUGAGUACCUUGGAGCUGACCAUGCUGAGCCCACCUGGAGCAUGAAAGACGAGAUCGUACUGUCUGAUGUGCACAAAGUGUUUGCUGUGGAUGCCCUGGCCACCUCUCACCCACUGUCCCGUCGAGAAGAGGAGGUCAACACUCCUGCUCAGAUCAGUGAGAUGUUUAACACCAUCUCCUACAGCAAGGGAGCCGCAGUGCUCAGGAUGCUGUCAGAGUUUCUCACUGAGCCUGUGUUUGCCAAAGGACUCAGUUCUUAUCUGAAUACUUUUGCCUUUGGCAACACAGUGUAUACAGACUUGUGGGACCAUCUCCAGCAGGCAGUUGAAAACACACCAGGUAUUCAUAUUCCUCAUACCGUCCACAACAUCAUGAACCGCUGGACUCUUCAGAUGGGCUUCCCAGUGGUCACUGUUGACACCCGUACAGGAAGUAUCACCCAGAAACACUUCCUGUUGGAUCCAGAAUCUGUAGUGGACAGGCCCUCUGAGUUCAAUUACACAUGGUUUGUCCCAAUUAAAUGGAUGAAGACAGGUGUGGAGCAGGAACAGUACUGGCUCCUUCAAAGGACAGACACUCACAAUCUGAUGAGAGUUUCAGGACAGGACUGGGUGUUGGCCAACAUCGAUGUAUCUGGGUACUUUAGGGUGAACUAUGAUCUUGGCAACUGGGAUCGUCUCCUCUCCCUGCUCAACACCAACCAUCAGGCGUUAUCAAUUAUCAACAGAGCACAGAUCAUAGAUGAUGCAUUCAACCUAGCAAGAGCCAAAAUAAUCAAUACUACAUUGGCCCUGAGAACAACCAAAUACCUGUCCAAGGAAAGAGAGUACAUCCCCUGGGAGUCAGCUCUGAGAAACCUCAACUACUACAUCCUCAUGUUUGACCGCACUGAGGUUUAUGGAGCUUUACAGUCAUACCUCAAGAAACAAGUCCAACCACUUUUUGAGCACUUCAAGACAAUUACAGCUAACUGGACCAAAGUACCAUCAGGACACACUGACCAGUAUAAUCAGAUCAAUGCCAUUGGAACAGCCUGCAGUGCGGGUGUGGAGGGUUGCAGGGAGCUGAUCAAAAGCUGGUACAGACAGUGGAUGGAAAAUCCACAUCACAACCUGAUCCAUCCCAACUUGAAAAGCACAGUUUACUGCUAUGCCAUAGCCUAUGGUGGUGUGGAGGAGUGGGACUUUGCCUGGAGAAUGUUCAAGAAUGCCACUUUGGCAUCUGAAGCUUCCAGGCUCAGGACAGCGUUGGCCUGUGCCAAAGCACCUUGGCUUUUGAACAGGUAUCUGGAGUACACCCUAGACGUAAGUAAAGUCCGCAGGCAAGACGCCCUCUCUACCAUCCAGUACAUCGCCGGAAAUGUUGUGGGGAUGCCGCUGGCCUGGAACUUCGUCAGAGCAAGAUGGAGCCAGAUUUUCCAGCUGUAUGGGAGUGGAUCAUUUUCCUUCUCUAACCUCAUCGGCGGGAUCACAAAGAGAUUCUCUACAGAGUUUGAGUUGCAGGAGCUGAGGAAAUUCAAAGAAGACAACCUCCACAUUGGUUUUGGCUCCGCCACCUUGGCCCUGGAGCAGGCUAUAGAGAAGACAACAGCCAACAUUAAAUGGGUGACGGAGAACAAAGCCCAUGUGCUGAGGUGGUUUACUGAAGAGUCCACAUGAGAACACAGAAAGUCAAAGUCAGACGCUCUCUUUUUUUUUUUUU